AGUAUACUCAUUAAUGUAUAUUAUAAACAUUCAAAUAACUAAUUACAACAAUAAUUACAAAGUGAAUUCACUUGUUUUUUAAAAAUAUCUAUUUAAACAAAUUAUUAUUAUAGGCAUACAUUUAAUUAAUUAUAAUUACUUAUUACAGCCAACUUUGUUUUGCUUACAAAAUUCGAAUGACUCGAGGUGAUCAAUUUUUUUAGCCAUACAUUUUUUUCUGACUCAGCAAUAAAUAGAUAUUUUUAAGAUGACUACAGAUGAAAAAAACUUUUUCCAAAAAACUGUUCAACAUCUAGCACGUUCACUUGCCUCGCAGAACGACACUCCAUGGGAAAAAGUUCAAACAUUGUUUUUACUGUGUCCUCAAGAAAGCCACCAUGGAGUGUAUAAAAUGGACCAGAGAUGCCAAGAUGCUAUUUUAGCAUUAGGAAUAUAUUUACUGGAAUCAAAUUUCAAUCAUAUUGACCAAAUACUUCCAUACUUAUUGAAAUUAUUACAUGGAUUAGGAAAAAUGGUUUGGUCUGAUGAUAUAAAAUAUUUUUCCAAAGAAAUGUUAAAUAUGAGUUACUUUACAGGAAUACCAGUUGCUGAAAGGAUGAGUUUUUGCUUGAAUACUUUGCUAACAGAUAUUGCUACUCGUUAUCCACCCUCAAAGGAAAAAAUAAUUGAAGCCCAGAUAAAAUGUUUUAGUAAACUUUCAAAUACAAUCAGAUCAGCAAAAUCAGAUAAAUUAAAUGAAAAUACUAAAUAUACAUUAUGUAAAGUAACUAUUCCGUGUAUGAUUGGAUUAGCUAGAUCUAUGGGAAGAGCUACCAUUAGUGAUCCACCACUAUUAUGUCGUUUAUUUCCAAAACCUUCUCCUCCUGUUCAUCAGAAUCCAAUACCUAUACCUGAUCUCAAUAUCUCAAAAAAAAAAAGUUUUUCAAAUUUUCGCUCAAUUAUUCCAAGGUCAUUAUCCCUAAAUUUAAACUUGGCAUCUCUUGAUGUAAUGACACUAAGUUCACUUGAUCCAAUGAAUGAUCUCAAUAACAGGAUGAUUUACAAGUCAGAAUGUAAAUUAAGUUCACAAACACCUAAUAAUAUGUCUCACUAUUUUUUUUUUAAAUAUGGUUCAAGUUUCAACCAAUUUCCAUGUACAAGAUUUACUGAUUCAUCAAUUGAUCAUAAAUCAUCAACUUUAAUAUUCCCUUUGGGGCAUUUACAAACUGUCUUGUCCAUUGCUAAAAAAAUUCUGACUUCUGAAGUUCUCGGAUUUGUUGAUAGUCUAGCAUUAGAAUACCAUAUUUCUGGAGAUAAUAAAGCGUUUUGCUAUCGAAGCUUCAGUGAAAUAUUGAAUUUAGUUAUUGCAUCAUUAUUAAGGGAGUUAUUACAGUAUCAACAAGAUUUACCUAUGCCAUUUACUAGAGAUGUUCAAGAAUUUAUUAAAGAUUUAUUUCUGAAUGGUCAGACAGAGUUGCAAUCUGUAGUUCUACAAGAAACUUCUGAACGUGAAGAAAAAGAUAUACAUUUAAUAACACUAAACAAGUUUAAAAUUAAUGUUUUAGCAAAUGCAGCCUGUGUAGAUUUAUUAGUUUGGUCUACAAGAGAUGAAUCGGGUGCAGAUAGUUUAUGUGGUAGAUUGAUGGAAAAAAUAAACUCUAGUAAUAAUAUAAAACAAGCGAUGGCACAUAUGCCUCUAAUAUUAGUGUGUAUGGAGGGCCUAGGUAAAUUAUCUGAGAAAUUUCCUAGUAUUGCUAGUAUUUGUAUUCAGUGUCUUCGUGACUUUCUUGUUCAACCUUCACCAAUUUUAUCUAAAUUGAACAAAUUGCAUUCUGAAAAACAAAAUUUGAAAGGUUUAAGUAUAACAGUAAAUGGUGUGAACGAGACCAAACCAACAUCAGAUCAUGUUGAAUCUCAAUUUGAAAGACUUCGUAAUUCAUCAAUUGAAAAUCUAUGUAUAGCUUUAAGAGCUGCUUACACAUUAGAUCCCUUUUGUGUACCAGCAUUAUUAGCAUCUUUGUCUAAUAGAUUAUACACUGCAGAAAAAUCUAAGAAUGAUUCCGCAUUAAUACAAGCAAAUACCAUAGUAAUGUUAGGUCAUAUAGCUGUUAGUUUAAGAGAUACAGCCAAGACAUCUGAAACAAUAUUGCAGUUUUUUCAACAACGUUUUUGUCGUGUUCCCAGCUCUAUUGAUGUACUUAUUGUUGAUCAACUUGGUUGUUUGAUCAUAGCAAAAUGUGACAUGAAUGUCUAUGAAGAGAUAAUGCGCAUGUUUUCAACUAUCACUGUUGAAGCAGGAAAUGCUUUAUAUAGUAAUGAUCAGUCAAAUCAAUAUAGACAUGUUUCUGGUGCAGUUAUUAAUGCGUUAGCUAAUAUUGCUGCAAAUAUCAACGGCGAAAAUGAAAUGAAUGAACUACUUGUUAGAUUACUUGAACUUUUUGUUCAGCUUGGUCUUGAAGGAAAAAGAGCAUCAGAAAAAGCACCUGUUGCUAAUAAAGCUUCCAGUAGUGCUGGAAAUUUAGGUAUGUUAAUUCCAGUGAUAGCUGUUUUGAUUCGACGCUUGUCGGUCAUUACCCAGCCAAAACCAAGACUUCAUAAACUAUUUAAAGAUUUUUGGCUUUAUUGUGUUGUUAUGGGAUUUACAAAUGACUCCGGUUUAUGGCCAAGUGAAUGGUUUGAUGGUGUAAAAGAAAUAGCAAUUAAAUCACCUUGUCUUGUCACACAGACAUCAACUAGAUCUCAAAUGCGUGAACUUCAGUAUACUUCAGCUGUUCGCAAUGAGAGUGUUUCUCUAAAUCAACUUCAAGAGUUAAAAUCUCAAAUUCUUCAACACCUUAAUCCUGCACCGCCAGAAGUGACUGCAGCUGUUAAUAAAUUAUCAUUUGCCCAGGCUACCUAUUUACUCUCUGUGUACUAUUUAGAAACUAUGCGUAUUCAAAACUCUUCCGAUCCAAGUUUACAACCAAUUUUUGAUUAUUUAUCGGAUUAUGCUAUUCAAAAAGACAAAACAGGAUUGUGGCAUUGUAUAUCCAGUGUGGGAGAUAAAGUAUUUUCACUAUUUUUAAAUGCAAUGUCUAAUCAAUCAAAAGAUGAAAUCAGAGAAGCGAAAUUAGAAUAUCAUGCACAAUUAUUACUUGUUAAUUUUAAUCAUAUACACAAAUUAAUUCAGUGUGUUGCUGAUAGAUGGUUAUCUGGACUUGUUUCCAAAUUUCCUCAUUUACUUUGGAAUCAACGUGUAUUAUGGACUAUGUGUGAUAUUCUUCAAGUAUUAUCAUAUUCUCUUGAAUUAAAUCCAAAUAAUGAAACACCUUGUAUUCAAAUACCAUCAGCUUCAUUCACAUUAGUAUUAAUGGAUACUUUAGAUGCUAGAGAAAGCACUACUAAUGAUUUUGCGGCUAGAUCGUUAGGUUUUAUUCAAGAAGCAAUGAAGUGGGCUCCUAGUGCCACAAGAUCACAUCUUCAACAUUAUUUGACAAAAAUACCAAGUUCAUCAUAUUGGCACCAUUCAGGAUUAGCUCUAGCUACAGAGAGUGUUUUGCAGAGUAGUGGUUUAAAUUUCCAUGCUGCUCCUUUAUCAAAAACUACAUUAGAUAAACGACCUCGUUGUGUGAAAACUGAUUCUUCUUUAUAUAUUACAACAUUAGGCUUGAGAAGUCAUUUUGCAGGAAUUGUAUCUGGUAUGAUAACUGCUUUUGAAAAUAGUCCUGAACAACUUGUAGACAAUGUAAUUACUAAAGUUUGGAAUGCUUGUGAUAAUGAUAUUAACAAUAUGCAUCAUAAUGCUUUAUGGACAGCUACAGCUUUACUGAUAUCAAUUUCUGGAUGCACGAGAAAACUUAUACAUGUUGUUGCUUGGUCACAUGUAAAAUUGUUCACUACUAAAGCAAUGAGAACUGCUGUAGAAUGCUGGCAAUGGUUGACUACAUCUCGACCAGAUAUAGAAUUACAAUUUUUACAAGAAAUGUUUGCUGCAUGGCAGUAUACAAUAGAUAGUAGAAUGGGAUUGUUUUCAAAAAAUGUAGAACAAGUUAGUCCACUUGCAGUUUAUGAAGGUUGUGUUUUGGAGCCAAAUCCACCAUUUGUUAAACCACAUGACAUUUGGGUUCAAUAUAUAUCAGAAGUAGUGGACAAUGUUAAAUCAUGCAGCCAAGAAAAAGUAGAAAUGAUGGCAAUGAUGUUACAUCGAUCAUUACCUAUGUGUGUUGGAACAUCAGAUGCUUUCAUUAGCAGACAUAUUGAUGCAAUAGGAACUAGAUUUAGGUUGCUACAAUGUGGGUUAACAUUACUACAAGGUGAUGUAUUACCUAAGUCUUUAGGAAAAAAUAUUUUAAGAGAGCGUGUAUAUUGUGCUUGUUUUGAUACGUUUACUACUUCAGUCCAGUGUCCUACACAACGAGGUUCAGAACUAAGAGAUGAUAUUUUAGCUUUAACAAAAUUUUGGCAAACAAUGCAUUCAGAUAAAAAAUACUUAAUGGCCAGUGUUAUUGGAGAUUUUGACUUACAAGAUGGUACUUUAAACACUCCAAAUAACCCAAACUAUGAUCAUCAGCUAACUAUUACAUCUUUAAAUGAAUUAACCGUUUCCAGUAUUGGAGCAGUUUCAGGAAAUUCAGGUUCUUCACAAGGUUGGAUGAAUACUGUUCCAUUAUCAACAUCUGCUACUAACACUUUGAACAAACGUACUGCUAAUAAUUUAAGAAUGAAACGUCAAAAUGUUAAUGCUACUCAAGAUUUAUAUGUCAAAGAUUAUAUUAAAAAAAGAAUUCUUAUCCUAGAUUUAUUGGCUGUUCAAAUUGAGUUUUUGAGUACAUGGCAAAAUCCUGCUGGUUUAUCUGAACUCAAUGUACCAGGAGAAGAUAUGGUAGCAUCAUGGAAAUCUAAAAACGUACCUGAUAAAUCUUUACGAGAAAAUACUAGAUUAGCUUGGGAUAUAAGCCCAGCUCUUUGUAUUUUUUUACCAGUUCGGUUGAAAAAUUCUGAUUGUGUUAUUAAAGAAGUCUGUAGAAUGGUAAGAGCAAACCCAAUGGCAGUUUCACAUAUACCUGAAGCUUUACAAUAUUUAGUAACAACCGAAACUUUGUUAAAUGAUGCACCAGAACUUGUUUACAUGUUAACAUGGGCACGAGUUACACCAGUUCAAGCAUUAUCAUAUUUUUCUAGACAGUAUCCUCCACAUCCAAUUUCUGCACAAUAUGCUGUCCGAGUACUAGAGAGUUAUCCAGCAGAUGCUGUCUUAUUUUACAUUCCACAAUUGGUCCAAACUCUUCGACAUGAUACAAUGGGAUAUGUAUUAGAAUUUAUUAAGUCUAUUUCUUUACGUUCUCAAGUGGUGGCUCAUCAAUUAAUAUGGAAUAUGAAAACAAAUAUGUACAUUGAUGAAGAAAUGCAGCAUAAAGACACUGCUCUUUAUGAUACUUUGGAUACAUUAACUAAUGCCAUUGUAAGUUGUUUAUCGGGUUCAGCUAAAAAGUUUUAUGAACGUGAAUUUGAUUUUUUUUCUAAAAUCACUGACAUAUCUGGAAAAAUUCGACCAUUUCCAAAAGGACCUGAACGUAAACGAGCAUGUUUAGAAGCACUUAGUAAAAUUGAAGUACAGCCUGGAUGUUACUUACCUUCUAAUCCAGAAGCAAUGGUUAUUGAUAUUGAUUACAAUAGUGGCACUCCUAUGCAAAGUGCUGCAAAAGCCCCAUAUUUAGCCAGAUUUAGAGUUCGAAAAUGUGGUAUAAAUGAAUUAGAACAAACAGCUAUGGCUAUUUCUGACCAACAAAUAAAUGGUACCUUAAGCAAACUUGAUGAAUCUUCAAAAUCUAUGAUAGGUUUAGAUACCUGGCAAGCAGCUAUAUUUAAAGUUGGUGAUGAUGUGCGUCAAGAUAUGUUAGCUCUACAAGUUAUUAGCAUAUUUAAAAAUGUAUUUCAACAAGUUGGCUUAGACCUAUAUUUGUUUCCAUAUCGUGUUGUAGCUACUGCUCCAGGUUGUGGAGUAAUAGAAUGUGUUCCUAAUGCAAAAUCGAGAGACCAACUUGGUCGUCAAACUGAUUAUGGAAUGUAUGAAUAUUUUAUUAAAACAUAUGGUGAUGAAAAUACAAAAGAAUUUCAGAAUGCUCGAAGAAACUUUGUUAGGUCUAUGGCAGCUUAUAGUGUAAUUGGAUUUUUGUUACAAAUAAAAGAUAGGCAUAAUGGAAAUAUUAUGUUAGAUACCGAUGGUCAUAUUAUUCAUAUUGACUUUGGAUUUAUGUUUGAGUCAUCACCUGGUGGAAAUUUAGGUUUUGAACCCGAUAUAAAACUUACAGAUGAAAUGGUCAUGGUAAUGGGAGGUAAAAUUGAUGCUCCACCAUUUCGAUGGUUUACAGAAUUAUGUAUACAAGCUUACUUGGCUGUUAGACCUCAUAAAGAAGCAAUAAUUUCGCUUGUAUCAUUAAUGUUAGACACAGGUCUACCUUGUUUCCGAGGUCAAACAAUCAAAUUAUUACGUACUAGAUUUGCUCCUCAAUCUACAGAUAGAGAAGCAGCUGUGUAUAUGAUGAGCAUUAUACAUAAAUCUUUCCUUAAUUUUAGAACAAUUGCAUAUGAUUAUUUGCAACUUUAUCAAAAUCAAAUACCAUGUUAAAAAUGUUUAAUAUUAGAUUAAUUUAAUUAUUGGUAUAGGUUAAUUGUUUAUUUGUUAUUAUUUGUUACUACUGUUUUAAUAUUUUUACUUUUAUUGAUCUUUUAAUCAAUUUUAAAAUUCCUAAUUCACUAUUCUUUUUAUGAGUACAAUAUAAUUAUUAUUUUUCUUUAAUUACUAAUUUUACAUUUCAGUAUCCAAUACCAGUCUUUAUUUUCUUUUUUUAAAUUAUUUAGAUAUCAAAAAUAAUUUAAGAGUGUGAAAAUAGUUUCAAUAUAUAGAUUUAAAUUUAAAUGAGUAAAGCAUGCUUAAAUAUUUAAUACCUAAA